UUGUAAUCUCCCAAAUCAGCUCAGGAUUUGAUGCUUCAAAAUUCGGCUGACCACAAAUGGAAUAUUGCAUGGUCUCUUGAAAGGAUGACCCAGUCCGAGUGGCUGUUUGUCAACUUGAGCUCCAGCGAGGAAUUUGUCGACAGUUUUGGUCUACAACAAACUUUGCUGGUUUACACUAUCACCAUGAAGCGGCGGUCUGCCCUCUACAUCGCCAACUUCUUGCUUCCGAUCAUGUUCUUCUUGGGUCUGGACUUGGCCUCCUUUGGGAUCUCAGACAGUGGGGGCGAGAAGCUCGGCUUCAAGGUCACGGUGCUGCUGGCUGUCACUGUGAUGCAGCUUAUCCUCAAUGACAUCCUGCCUGCCUCUUCAGACAGGAUUCCUCUCAUUGCAAUCUACUGCAUUGGGGUUUUUGGUCUGAUGAUGCUGAGCCUGCUGGAGACGAUUUUGAUGAUGUAUCUGUUAGGAAAAGACGCUGCAGCCAAAGAAAACAGGGAAGAUGAAGAGCAAAGACGGAAUUUGAAGAAAAGGACGUCUGCUGAUGAAUCUCCAUCCGAACAACUGUCAGUCGCCAAAGAGGGCGACAGCAGCAAACCGACUGUGGAGUCCAUUGCUUUGGAGAACAUCUCAGAUGAGCUGAGGGAUGUGGAGAAAACGCUGACUCGGGUGCUUAACGGAAGGAAGGAAGGAAAUAAGCCCGGUUACUGGACCAAGGUGGCUGAAAAAGUCAACACGGUUUUCAUAGUUUUCUACGUCUUAGGUGUCAUUGUGUUUUUAAUUGUUCUCUUUUUACUGUGGAACAAAGAAGAUGAGGUGUAGUGCUCGCCAAGUUGUUCAAAUGAACAUGGGCAUCCACUGCAGAGCUGCCUCAAUGAAGUGAUUAUUUAUAUUAUCAAUAUUUUAAGAUGAGCAGACAUCGUCUGUUCCUCGGCUCACAAUUUGCAUGUCAACAUUUUCUGAUAUUCUAUUGUUUGAUGAAUUUGAUAUGAUUUUACAAUACCAUACAGGGCAUUUGUAAAUCAAUACUGAGUCACCAUGAUGUCGAUAUUACAUUCUGGGUCUUGGUAUAAACCACAGCGGAGGACGUCCUCGCUGUGAUUGUAAUGUUUUUGGCCAAUCACAUAUUGGCAUUACAGAAAUUAGUUAAAUUGUGAAGUCUCGCCAGGAGGAGCCCUUGCUCCUCUAUCCUUAACCACUUUGCUUUCUAUGCUGUAAAUAUAAUUUUGAAUCAAUUGUAUCAGAUUUAAUUAUGGAUUUACUUAUUGGAUUUUUCUGGGAUUUGGUAAUGUUUUUUUUUUCAAUUAAUUACUCUUUUAUGUAUUCUGGGCUUUAUAUUUCCUCUCAACAACAGAGGGUGGCGGGGGGUUCUGUUUGUUCAACCAUCAUACUCUACAUUCAUACUAUAUAACUAAUAUACAAGCCAUUGAAAUUUUUUCUUUUAUAUUUGAGAGAUUUAAUUUCUUUAUUUAUGCACAUUUAUCCACGUCUUCAGUACAAGCUUUACCAGGUUGUCUAGAUUCUUGCAGGAAACUUUAAAUAUUGAGAUUAUGAUGUAAUGUUAUUUGCUAUCUUUCUAUUCUAUUUUUCUAAGUUACUAUGAUGUAACAAUUGGCGUAAGAUAACGCAUUUGAAGUAGCAACUAGAGCACCUCAGCUGACUGACAUUAAUGUUUUUACUAUUGUAUUGUUAUAUCGGG